GUUCGCCUUCCACCACCUGCAAACCAAAGCGAAGCUGUGGGUCUACACCAACACUGAGCGGCUGCGUACCAAUCGAGCCAUGCCUGCCCAUCAUCCCAGAUGGAUGCGAUGUCGAUGUGUCAGACUGUCGGAGCGUGCUGGGGGGAAAGACUUGCGAGAUCCGCUGUCAGGAACCCUUCGUCGGAGAGCCGACCAUUGGAACUUGCCCUCCCGGAAACAUCGAUGUGGACACGCCUUUGAUGUGGACGCGGCCCACAUGUACGCUCAGAUGUCCCCGCCUGGGCUUGCCAAUCAAAGAUGGCUACAUCAAGGACAGCAUCCAGGGCUGGAUCUGUGCCCCCGACCACCGGGGGGAUGCCAUGGUCACCUGCAACAUCAGCGAGGGCAACAUCAGCGUUGGCUGUGAGGCACAGUGUUUCUACUCGGGCUGCGAACCGAUUGAGGUUUGCUUGAACUCGCGACUUCAACCGCCCCUGGACGCCUGCGAGUACAAUGCGACCGGCUGCGAUGGGCUCUUGCCCGAUCGCCUUUGUGAGAUCGGCUGUAUGCCGCCUUACAUCGGCAGUCCUACAGUGGCCUACUGUGCUGAGAUGGCUCCCCCGAUCAACAGGACAAGCCAGGCGGACCCAGUUCUCGACCACACGCUUCCGCAGUGCACCUGUCCAGAUCCGACUGAGACCGACGGCUACAUCAAGGUGAAUGGCGAGUGGCAGUGCGACGAGGGCUACGCCGGAAUGGCAGUGAAACAAUGCCAGCGCCCUUUGCUCGG